AUGCACACACUAUUGCAAGCACGCUUCGGUGAAGAAGCAGAGAGUAUAUUGCCACCGGUUUGGUACGCCAAUUGGUUCGACAGCUUUCCUGUCCACAAGAGCUGCUACUAUGACCAUUCCUCUACUAGCGCUCAAGAUCCUUGUCGGUGUAUUCAGAAGACAAAGAAUGACGAGUUGCCGCUCAUCAUGGAUGACUUUGGAAUGACUCCAUUCCACAUUCUCUUUUUGACUGUCAACCCAAGGGAAGAUCUGCUUGAAGUCUUUUUGGACGAUCAUAUCCAUACCCUGUUCUUGGCUGGAAAGAUGCCAGUAGUAGCUGGAUUUUCAGUUGAUUGGAGCUGA